ACGUGCACUUCACUAAGAUGGCCGACGCCGGCUUCGCCGAAUGAUGAGGUUUUGCUGCAACGGUCAUCUUGGAUUUGAGAGUGGUCUAGUCUGAGCUGUAUGGCACUCGUUUAAUCACAGAAUAAACAAUUCAUAAGAAUACUAGCUGGCACAACGAGGAUAUAUGUAAAUGGAUAUACGUUUAAUGAGGGUAAAAUAGUAAUGCAGUAAAUACUGCAACACAAAAACCGUCCGAUCAUCGCCGCUCCGGAGAAUGUUGCGCAGCAUCCCGAUCCCUCGGCCGAGACAGAGAGCUUGUAAGUGGGGUAGACACUGAGAAUUCCUGGGGCACACGGCUGCGGACCUAGACCAAUUACUUGUUCGUUUUUAUUAGUAUCCUUCAGUUAAAAACUGUUGUUAUGUUGUCGUAUUUGUGAAAUCUGGCCGGACAGUACGCACCCAGUUGCUAAGUAACGGCGCUAUUAUAUUUUGUGUUAUUUGAAUGACCGUGUGAGGCGGCUAAACGAGUAACGCCUGGCGGCAGGGCUGUGUACACGCAUUUGGUUAUUGUAAUGCCGAGUCACAGGUCCAUGGUCGUCUAGCUACUGUUAUAAACAACAUCCGCGACCGCGCUGCAGUGAUGAUGGACCAUCGCCCCGGGGUUUUGAGUCCACAGGGAUCGAGAGCGCCGCUGGGCUCCACCGAGCUCUCCAUGCCCCGGGACCGCGUCUCGAUUCAGAAAAGCAACGUGUGCUCUCGCUCCUACUUUGUCGUGGUCAUGGUGUUUGUGCACGUGUACAUUAUCAAUGUCAUCGCGUUGCUGCUCUACGUGCAUUACAACAACGGCCCCGGGGACAGCUCUGCUGUGGACGGGCAGGCCUCGGCUAACCCGUCCUUCGGUAACAGCGGGGCACAGCCGCUGCCGCUGUCCGUGAGCCCGAAUCCCGGGCAAGACGCCAUGCAUCUCCCUCGCCUGGAGGGCAUCAAGGUGGGACAUGUACAGAAGGUGGCGCUGGUGCCAAACAAAGUCCACGAGCUGAAGACACUCAGCCUGAAACCCCUGCUCUUCGAGAUCUCUGGCUUCCUGUCUGAUGAAGAGUGUCGUCUCCUCAUUCACCUGGCCAAGCUGAAGGGGCUGCAGGAGAGCCAGGUGAUGAUCCCAGAGGGAGGGGAAGAGCUGGCAGAGCAGCUGGAGAUCAGCCAAGAGGAGAUCUUCAAUCUGCUGGACCACAACCAGGACGGGCAGCUGCAGCUGCAGGAGGUUCUGACCCGUUCGCGUGUCCGGGACGGAAUCUGGCUCACUCCGGAGAAUGUGAGGGAGAUCUAUGCAGGGCUGAAGGCUGAUCCUGAUGGGAAUGGGAUGCUGAAUGUACAGGAGUUCAAGAAGCUCAAUGCCAACGCCUUCCAGCAGUUCCUGCAGCAGCGUGGAGUGGAGAAGAGCCAGCUGGUGCGCAACAGCAUGCACACCUGGCUGUACCAGGGGGAGGGGGCGCACCGAGUGCUGAGGCAGCUGCAGCAGAGAGUGACUCGUCUGACACGCCUGCCUCCUGACAUCGUGGAGAACAGCGAACCACUGCAGGUGGUGCGUUACCAGCGGGGAGGGCACUAUCACGCUCACCACGACAGCGGGCCUGUGUACCCUGAGACUGUCUGCUACCACACCAAGCUGGUAGCCAACGCUAGCACCCCUUUCGAAACCUCCUGCCGGUACAUCACAGUCCUGUUCUACCUGAACUCUGUCCCUGGAGGGGGAGAGACGACCUUCCCAGUUGCCGAUAACAGAACAUACGAGGAGCUGUCUCUGAUUCAGAACGAUGUGGAUCUGUUGGACACCCGGAAGCACUGUGACAAGGGCAACCUGCGCGUGAAGCCCAACCAGGGCACCGCCCUCCUGUGGUACAACUACCUGUCUGAUGGGAAAGGCUGGGUGGGGGACCUCGAUGAGUACUCUCUGCACGGAGGCUGUGUGGUCACUCAGGGCACUAAGUGGGUUGCUAAUAACUGGAUUAACGUGGACCCAGACUCCCGGCGGCAGACUCGCUACCAGCAGCUAGUGUCCCACCUGGGUGGGGAGGAGACUGCCACAGAGAAGCUGGAGAAGUUGUACCGGGGGAUCCAUGCAGACCAUAACCAGGACCUCCACACAGACCAGGACCUGCACCAGGACCUCCACACAGACCAGGACCUGCACCAGGACCUCCACACAGACCAGGACCUGCACCAGGACCUCCACACAGACCAGGACCUGCACCAGGACCUCCACACAGACCAGGACCUGCACCAGGACUUGUAGC